GCGAAUUUGAAGUUGCAGAAGUGUGUGAACGCAGAUGGUGUUUUUGCAUCGUUUUCUGUCUGCGUGAAACAAAACGUCCUUUCACCGGGACCAUGGUCGUGCAACACGGAACAGUACGCGAGACAAUUCCCGGUAGGUGCCGACAACGAAACACGUUGAACGUGUCAGUACAGCGUAGACGGAGGGGACAAAAAGCGCAACAUGCGGUAAAAGGAUCAAGCAACAUGACUCUUUAAAACAGAUCCGUUGCUUUUUGUGUAAAUCAAGAGGACAAUCAAAUGGACAGCUUAAAGAAUAAAAGAAAAUUAAGGUCAAGCAGGGAAGUGGUUGCCGAAGAGGGGCCACACGAAGAUAACGGAAGUGGUUCUGAGUUACAGGAUGCCAGUGGUGAUACUUCUCCACCGGGGAAAAAGCCUAGGAAUGAUGAGAACAGAGAAGCCCAGAGCAGCGAGGGUACACCUUUCCCCCAGACUGAAGCCGUGACCAUAGAUUCGGGUGACGAGCAUUGUCACGAUGGAGCUGGCAGUUCAACAUCGGACUGUAGCUGCGUCUGCUCUCUUUGUGAUUUUGUCGCCAAAACUCCGACAGCCCUGAAAGUGCACACUACCAGAAAACAUUACCGCAAGGGCGCUGGCCUGAGAGGCGAGAGCUCAUCCAGCAAGGGGGGCAAAUCCGAAGACUUUACCCCAGGUGAAGGAGGCUCCCGAGGGCCUGAAUUGUCAGAUGCUGUCAACCGUGGAAAAUGCCGCCUUUGCGGCCUCCGUGCGAGCAGCAGUAACCACUUAGCCGCACAUAUGAAGGAGAAGCACCGUGAAUUCCGGGCUGGCGAACAGGCAGAAGUGACGAGCACGGCUGCUGUGUUGCACAACCAAAGUGAGACAGUUCUCCAGGAAAAGCAGUCUGGUGAUGGUUCCCUGACAAUCAUGAUUUCAGCUAAAGAUGGUGCAAGUGAGGAAGCAGAGACUGGUUCUCUAACAAAGAGAGACGAAAGUACCACCUGCGCGCUUUUAGAAAUGGUUGCUAGUGCUGCAGACAAGACUCAGAUUGGAAAAGAAGCAGACAGCAAAGGUAUGGAAUCCCUCAGUGAGAGCAGUCAUAAGAGAAAACGGAAACCCAUCAAAACUCGAGCGGUAGCACAGGUUAGUUUGAAAACUGGUAUAGAAAUGAGCGCUGAAAGCCCCAGUUUGGAUCUCCGUGAUGGAAAUGUGGGCCAUGCUCCCCCUGCCAGUGUGACGGCUGAGCACAGACCUCGCAUAAUGGCUGGAGGAAAAGCGCGACCUGUUCAUGCCAAAAUUAAGAGAGAUCCAAAGUGCAAGGCUCAGCAAAAUUGCAGCUACUGUGGACAUGUAUUUCGGAACAAACCCAGCCUGUUGACUCACCUUAAAAGGCGUCAUACAAAAGAAAUUAAUUUCUCCUGCAAAGUGUGUUCCUAUGCUUGCGUGACCAAAUUUGACUAUGAAAAACACUGCUUGAGCAACCGGCACAAGAAACGGACUUUGAUAAGCACAGAGGUUCCGGGUGUCCCAGCACCAGUGGACAGCGACAGCAGAGAGCAGCGGCUAUAUGAGAUUGAACUUCAGAUUCACAGCGAGGGCACCAAAUCCUCUGCCACUCGGCUGGCAGCCGCUCAGCUGCUGAAACGAUCUGCGAGUGCCCGGCCACAGCUGCGGUGCAAGACGUGCGGGUACAAGACCGGCUCCUCGACCCUACUUGUGAGGCACGAGCGGCUCAAACACUCCAAGGAGAUGAAGCGCCGCUGCAAGGCCUACCGCUCUUGUGCCACAAGCACGGCAGAAGGGAUGGCUAAACCCUUUCUCCGAAAGAAGCACCUUCAGUCAGCCAGGAAAGAAAGCAUUGAGGUGUCCUUUGAAGAAUGCGUCGAGAGAAUUUGCGUGAAGUCAUCCAUCAGUCAAACUACUUCUACCAAGGCCGUGCUGCCCGAUGACGAGUUGCUGAGGAGCAACCGAGACGAGGCUCAAGUUCAGCUCUCCCAUGAUGAUGACAAAACUACAGAGUCUGAUGGGACUGGGAAUGCAGAGGGAACCGAAGACACAGGUCCCCCGAAGAAGAGACGCGGUCGACCAAAGAGUUCUGCAAUUACAACUUGUGAUUACUGUGGCCUCGUUGCCUCCAAUGCCACCAAUCUCAGUGUCCACAUAAGACGGAGGCACAGCCGACAGUACAGCUUUGCCUGCAAACUGUGCAGCUACUACUGUGUCACCAAAGGUGACAUGGAUCGCCACUGUGCCACCAAGAAGCACAUGAAACGGAUGCAGGCGACCACUGGUGAUGAUCCACAAGACACUCAAGGAGCUUCAGGCAGUGUGGUGGAAGUCCUGGGCGGUGCACAAGCUUCCAGAACUGAGGCUGUAGAGAAUAAUUCCAGGGAAGGAGUCUUGGUUCAGGCUACUCAGGUGUCAAGGCUGUCCAAAGCAGAAGGGACCUCGGAUGAAGCUGUGCUGGCUAGUGGGCAUCUUCCACCUCGCGAAGAAAGAUCGGAGAGUGAGCAGGCGAUCCCUGUUGAUCUAGAUGAUGCAGAACAAGAGGUCGAUGGCCCAGCUUUGAAGAAGAGCAAAUAUGACUCGGUCAACUCCUGCGUUCACUGUGACUUUGUGGCCCAUUCGCUGCCGUCUCUGGACCUCCACAUAAAGCGGAAACACACCAAGGAUUUUGAAUUUGUCUGCAAGGCAUGUAAUUAUUAUGCAGUGACUCGCCGUGAGAUGUCAAGACAUGCCACGACUGAGAAGCACAAGCAGAAGAGUCAGUCUUACCUGGAGUCUCUGAGGAAGAAUGAGAUUGAUCCACUUAGUGGGGACCAGGAAAUGCUGUCGAAACAGGAGGAGGUCAUACCAGAAGGUGACGGUGAACCUUUUGCCGAGAGCCCUGAGGAGCACAGUGCUUCCUUAGACCAACAGACAAAUUCUGGAGACAGUCAGAAAGCAGAAGUGGUGGGAAACAUCAUCCCUAACGCUGGCCCUAGUGAUGUGGGAGUAUUGGACAAAUGUGAUGCCAACAGGGAUGGCGACGCCUCAAAUGGUGAGGGAAGCCCUGAGGGCUCUGUUGCACCUACUGAUAGGGGUACGGAAGAUGCUGAGCAGAGAAUUGAUGGAGGCGUGAGAGAAAGCCAGGCUUUGAUGGAGGACAACCCUGUAGGGAUGGGAGAAGGAGCAGGUUUAGCAGAGUCUGAGCCUGUCACUGAGGAGGACAUCCAGGAAGGUGAGGCAGAAGUAGAGGACAACUUGUCAGACUCUGAUCCCGACUUGGACAAUGGGAGAGGAGAGGGUUCAUCCUCGCUCAAACAGCUUGUCAGGGCCGUUCCGUUUGACGCGUCCAUAGUUCCCGCCAAAGCCUUGCAAGACAGUGUUCCUUCUGCACAUGAUGGAGCCAUGGCUGCAAAAGGGGGCACAACUGGUAGUCAGCCAGCUGACACCUCGAGCCCACAGAGGAGCAGGAAGAUGGGGGGCUCCAAGGCGAGGAGUGGCCUCAACUCGCGGAUCCGUUGUGAGGACUGUGGGUUCCUGGCUGACGGCCUGAGUGGACUCAAUGUACACAUCGCCAUGAAGCACCCCUCGAAGGAGAAGCACUUCCACUGCCUGCUGUGUGGAAAGUCCUUCUACACGGAGAGCAACCUCCACCAGCAUCUGAGCAGCGCUGCCCACCUGCGCAACGAGCAGGCGAGCAUCGAGGAACUGCCCGAGGGCGGAGCCUCCUUCAAGUGCGUAAGGUGCACGGAGCCCUUUGAGACCGAGCAGGAGCUCUUUGUGCACAUCAAGGAAAAGCAUGAGGAACUGCUGCGAGAGGUCAACAAGUAUGUCCUGGAGGAUACGGAGCAGAUCAACAAGGAGCGCGAAGAGAAUCAGGGCAGCGUGUGCAAGUACUGUGGGAAGGUGUGCAAGAGCAGCAAUUCGAUGGCCUUCUUGGCACACGUCCGCACACACACAGGAUCAAAGCCGUUCAAGUGCAAGAUCUGCAACUUCGCCACGGCGCAGCUCGGAGACGCUCGCAACCACGUCAAGAGGCACCUGGGCAUGCGCGAGUACAAGUGCCACGUGUGUGGGUGGGCCUUUGUGAUGAAGAAGCACCUGAGUACACACCUGCUGGGGAAGCAUGGCGUGGGACGUCCCAAAGAGAGGAAGUUCGAGUGCGAGCUCUGCGACCGCACGUUCAGCGAGCGCUGGGCCCUGAACAACCACACCAAGCUGCACACGGGGGAGAAGCCAUACAAGUGCGCCUGGCCGUCCUGCCACUACUCCUUCCUCACGCUGUCUGCCAUGAAGGACCACUACCGCACACACACUGGAGAGAAGUCCUUCCUGUGUGACCUCUGCGGGUUUGCGGGUGGGACUCGGCACGCCUUGACCAAGCACCGGCGCCAGCACACAGGGGAGAAACCGUUCAGGUGCUCGCUCUGCAACUUCGCCUCGACCACGCAGUCGCACCUGACCCGCCACAAGCGCGUGCACACGGGCGAGAAGCCCUACCACUGUCCCUGGUGCGACUACAGAUCGAACUGUGCGGAGAACAUCCGCAAGCACAUACUGCACACGGGAAAGCACGAGGGUGUCAAGAUGUACAACUGCCCCAAGUGCGACUACGGCAGCAACGCCCCCAUGGAGUUCCGCAACCACCUGAAGGAGAGGCACCCGGACAUCGAGAACCCGGACCUGGCUUACUUGCACGCAGGAAUUGUGUCCAAAUCCUUCGAGUGCCGCCUGAAGGGUCAGGGUGCGUCCUUUGUGGAGACAGAGACGGCGUUUGCAGCGGACGAAGCGUUGCAGAGUGUGCGUCGUGAGGGCGGGGCCAGCGGUGGAGGUGGCGGCGAAGAGUCGGGGGCAGAGGCCGUGCAGCAGGUGAUCAUCAUCCAGGGCUACGAUGGAGAGCUGGCUGUUGACAGCACCUUGGAGGAGUCAGCAGCUGCCGCCCUGCAGACCCUGGCUGAGGUGUUGCACAUCACUGAGGACGGCCAGGUGAUCACCACCGGCUCCGCCCAGGACGCCACCUCAGCCACUGCCCACCACCACCACCACCAGGGUACCACCCAGUAUGUGCUGGUGGAGUCCGGGGAGGCGGGGCUGCUGGGUCGGCCGGAGGACGGAGUCGCGGCCUCGGCCUCGCCCAGCUCCCUCGACGCACUGCUGUGUGCCGUCACCGAGCUGGGUGCCGGGCAGGAGGAGGGCGCGGCCUCGCAGGAGGCGGACUCGGGGGCGGAGCCGUACGAGAACCAGGCGGCGGCUGGGCAACAGUUUGCCGAAGUGGUGCAGAAGGGGCAGGAGGGAGAGGUGGAGGUGUACGGGGAGAUGGUGGAAGAGGCAGGGGAGCCCGUGGAGGUGGUCACUCAGGUGGUGCACUCGUCCGGAGCUUCCGAGACCCCCGAGGACGUGGUUCACGAGGUGCUCCAGUUCGCUGCCAGUCAGCUCAUGAUGAAGGAGGGGCUGACGCAAGUCAUUGUGAAUGACGAGGGCACGCACUUCAUCGUCACCGAGCUGGACGAGUCCGCGCUGCAGGUGGAGGGCGCCGUCUACGCCCCGGGAGAAGGUGCCGAGGAGCAGGAGGCAGUCCCGGGCGAGGCGGAGACGACGGCGGCGGCGGCGGCGGUGGUGGUGUAUUCCAACUCUUCCUCACAAGACGCCAUCAUGGAGGAGUGAGAGGGGUGUUGGGGGGGCGCCGUAGGCCUGCCCUGCUCAGCGGAGUUGUGUUGUGACCGCAGGGAUUCGGCUUUACUUACAGCUUCCGGUAUACAUAACUCAGGAUCACUUUAAUUCCCAGUUGAGAAUUCAUACGUUCAGUCAAGGUUUGAGAAGGAUGUGGUUCAGUGCCGUACGUCUGGUACAGGAACAAGCACCUUACUGUGGGGUCGUGUAGCUGUGUGUCUAUAUCGGUACCUGUAGACCUGCUUAGAAUAGUGGAUUUUUUUCCGCCCGAUUGAGCAAAAUCAAAAGUGACAUAUUGUCCAUUUAUUAUAGUCAUUAUCUGUGGAGUGUUGUUGUAAGAAAAAGCACUUAGAGCCCAGGAAGCUGUUUGCUCAGACUGUCUCCGAUGAGCCAUUGCGAGUGUUUGCCUGUGACUUGGUUCGUCUCGUCUCACUUUCGCUCACGUUUUUUCUUCUGCGUUUUUUCGCUUCUCUUAUUCCCGAGAGACAAGGGCAACGAAGAGCUCGAUUUACCCGUAACACCCCUGUGCGCCUCGCUGGACUGCAGAAACAGCACAUUGUCCCCACUCACAAACACACACAAAGUUCCGUUAUGAAGAGUCUUAUUAUUUUUCGAACUGCACUCGGAUUUUAUUUUUUGCCGCCUCUUUCAUUCAGAACAAAAUAAAUGUCCAGCCUCGUUCACAGUAUUUGCUGCAAAUGAUCUACUGCUUGGCAUUUGCGGCUGCUGUAGAUGUGUCUAAUGGAGGAAGGUGAAUUUAGAGACAUGAUGUGGGCAACGUGUAACCGAGGAUGUUUUUCCCUGAAAUUGUCAAUAAAAGUUACCUGCUGCACCAUUUUCCUUUGUUU